GCCUCCUUCCCCUGGCAGGAAGUGCUCCAGCUGCUCCCAGGGAUGCGCUGCAAGGCUGGAAGCCCCGCACAAUGGAGCGGGCUCGGUGUGACUCGCCAAGGGCGAGCUGAGUUCCCGGCAUCACCGGCGCACUAGCCCGUGCGGUGUGAACCCAGCCUGUCCCGCUUCCCGCACGCCGCCUCUCCGCCCCUGCCCGCGGGGGAGUCUCUUCGCGGAGCGGGGCUGGGGGAGGAGAAGGAAGCGAAGCGAGGCACCAGCUCCGCAUUGCAGCCGAGCCCGGCGCACCGAGCCGAAGCGGGGAAUCCGCCCGAGGAAGGCCCAGCCAACCCCGCUCCCGUCGGACGCCUCCAGCCAACGCGCCGCCUGCUUGCACCGAGGCAGCCAGGGGCGUUGCACCCGGGACCCAGCCUCUGUCUGCCGGGGACCAGCCCGGGCUGGGUUGUCCUACACAAACCUCCCGGCGCUCACUGCGGGUCCCGGACCGGUGCAGCGUCUGCGCGCGGCCACGCCGGAGUGAAAGCGGAUCUGGUCGCCUGCUGGGGAAAGCUGGGGCACCCUAAUUCAGCUGCGUUAGCGUAUACCAGGGCUCCUCCAGCAGAGGGACAACUUCCCUCCAGUUGCAACGUAUUCCAGUGACGAGGAGCCCCCCAGCCAUCAGCCCCCCCACCGUGUGCUGUGAUCCCCUCAUGCCUUCCCAUGAAGCAGUCAGGCUAGGAAAGUUGGAGACCUUCCAGGAUACACAGAUGUGGAGAUGACGGUCCCAUGAGUGCGGGUCAGAAGCAGGAUCUCAUGACUCACCUGACGCCCCCCGCCGGAGAAAGGCCAUUCACGUUUCCCGCUUGCGACGAAAGCUUUAGCGAUGAGAGAAACCUCAUAAUUCACAGCCAGGCGGAGGAACGGGAGUACAAAUGCAUUCUGUGCGGGAAAUGCUUCAACCAGCAGCCCAGCCUGACCCGGCACCAGAAGAACCACACGGGGGAGAGGGCCUACAUCUGCCCCGAGUGCGGUAAGAGCUUCAGCCUCAAGCACAACCUGAUCAUCCAUCAGCGCACGCACACGGGCGAGCGGCCCUACAAGUGCAGCGUCUGCGAGAAGAGCUUCAGCCUGAAGCAGAACCUCGUCACCCACCAGCGCAUCCACACCGGGGAGCGGCCCUUCGCCUGCCCCGAGUGUGGGAAGAGCUUCCGGGAGCAGCGAUUCCUCCUCAACCACCAGAGGACCCACACGGAGGAGCGGCCCUACGAAUGCAGCGACUGCGGCAAGGCCUUCAAGGAGAAGCAGACGCUCGCCAGCCACCAGAGGACCCAUAGCGGGGACAGGCCGUACCAGUGCGCCGAGUGCGGGAAGAGCUUCAGCCAGCGCACGUUCCUGGUGACGCACGAGAAGACCCACCAAGGGGGGAGCCCGUUCACCUGCGACGAGUGCGGGAAGAGCUUCAGUUGCAAGAGCGGCCUCGUCACCCACCAGCGCAUCCACACCGGGGAGCGGCCCUUCGCCUGCCCCGACUGCGGGAAGCGCUUCAGCCAGAAAGGCUCUCUGAAAAUCCACCAGAGAAUCCACACUGGGGAGACCCCCUUCACGUGCCCCGAGUGCGGGAAAACCUUCACGCAGAAGAUAAACCUGACUACGCACCAGAGAACCCACCUGGGAGACAAAGCCCUGACCUGAGCCUGAUGUCGUGCUAAAAGCUUUGCAGAGCGGGUAGCUCUGAACUCCACUGGGAGCUCCUGGAGGGGCCCAUGACUGCACUGGAUGUGAGAGGCUGAACGGCAGAGACGCCAUGUGAACGUUCGGAGUGUCCAGAAGGCCUCAGUCGCUCCUUACGCACCCCGGAGUCCCCACAGGGGAUACUGAUUGUCUUCACGCACUGACUCUGGGUCCCCCUGUACAGCUCCUCUUUCCAUUGGUCGGUCAGGUUCGUGCUCUUUUGUGCCCACCCCACAUAGAAGCCCCAGAAGGAAUCCCAAGUCCCAGCGCCCCGACUCCAUGGUGAUGGCCUCGCCCUCCAGCGAGGCCCUUUCCACCCACGUCCCUCUCCCAGCUCCCUGUCCCUGUCCCGGCUCGCUCAGCUUCCUGUGCUUGGGAGCAGAUGAGCUAAACAAUGAGGGAAACUCCUGGCAAAGUUCUUUAUUGCUGCUGUAGGGACUGAUCCUGUGAAGUGCUGAGUCCCGUCAGUACCCUUCAGCCUCCAUUGGAGACGCCUGACAUCUUGCAGGAUCAGACCUGUCUGGCCUGCUUUUCAGAGGUGCUGAGCACCCACUCCUCCCGCUGGCUCCCAUGGGAGCGGUGAAUGCCAAGCACCCCUGAAAACUAGGAACAGCUCUCUUCGCUUUCUCUCUGUCGUGGAGCAUUGCAGCCUUGAGGACCUUAAAGCCCGUAGUUCUGGCCUGGCCAAAAUUCAGCCCUGGGAUCACUGCAGGCCCAGUGUUCUACAGCGUGGGCCACAAGGGCCCUGGUCUUCCAAACGGCGUUGGCCUGGCUGCUCAGAGCAAGUCGAGGCCAGGCAUGCUGGGAUCCGGGCUCUCUGUAAGCCCCUCUUCCAUAUUAAAGGUUAGGGCAGCUGCACUCACUUCUUGCCAAUUAGACACAGCUCACAGGCUGUUGGUUAAAUACCCUUAGCUGGGCAGUUGGGGUGCGUCUGCUGCAGCCCCUUUUGGGACAGCGGAAGCACGAAGGUACCAGCAGCUCUGCGUUAGGGGAUGCAGGCAGGGUGGCUGGUGCCAGUGAACAGAGCAGAGGGGAGUGUGCCCAGAGAAAGCAAACGUGGCUGCACCAUCCCAGCCCCUGGCUGAAUUAAGAGUGCCUUGUGACCAUUGCAGAGCUGUGUAAAUUACAGCAGUUGUCAGUCAUGUUUGCCCGGCUUCCCCCACCCCCCAGCUCUUGCUCUGGGGUGUUUGGCCCUGGCACUGGCCCGUAAAGCACUAUUUAUGUGUGCUCGGUAUUGUUUGCGUUAUCCGGGUAGUUGGAAAUUUUCCACUAGCGCAUGAAUUAAUCUCUGAAUGUGUUCAUUUACCCAGGGAGCGAGAAGGAUGAGUGGGAAAAAGAAGCAGGAGCUCAUGACUCAUGUGAAAUAUUCAUACAAUGUAUGUGGGAAAAGCUUCAGCCCACAGCCACCUCUCCUAGAAACCACACAGGAGAGAAGGUGGCACCUGGAGCAGGAUCUCAUCCCACCCCCUGGAAUCCAACCCAGAGAAACUGUGUUAUUCUCAUAAUUGAUUAAAAAAAAAAAAACUUCAGAGACCAGAGAUUUCUUCUAAAUCACCAGGGACCCUACACGGAGCAGAGACUGAGCAAAUAUAGUCCUUGCUGCAAAACCUUCAGGGAGAAGCAGGCUCGCAAAACCUUCAGGGAGAAGCAGGCUCACAAAACCCCAGAGAACCUGCACUUGGGAGAGACCAUCCAGGUGAACUGAAUAUGGGAGAGGCUUGGUCUGAGGAUAUUCCUGCUGACAUCUGAGAAAAUCCGCAAAGGAGGGGCCCCAUUUACCUGCUCUGAGCACAGGACAUGCAUCAGCUGUCAGAGCAACCUCAUUAUACCCCAGAGAAUCCGUACCAGAGGAGACCAUUUAAAUGCCCCAAGAGAGGGAACGCUCCUCACAAGAUAAAUCUUCCCCAGUGAAUCUGCAUGAGUGAGACCACUUAACCAGAACUGGAGAACUAAGGAGCUGCAAAGAUAAGCUAAGAAUAAUUCUCUCUGCCGGAAUCACUGGGUAUGGUUCUGUGACCUGGCUGGUGCAGGAGGUCUGGCUAGAGGAUCACAGUGAUUUCUUCUGGCUUUAAAUUCUGUGAAUCUGUAAUUCUGAAUAUACACCUGAGACCUCCUGAAGGUGGGAAAAUAUUCUGAUAAAACACAAGGAGAGACAUCAUACAAAUGUCACGUAUGUUGGAAAAAUCUUGUUCGCUCCCCUUGCUGUACAGGACAGCAAGAAAUCUCCAAGUGGCUGCACUGGAGUGGUUGCUCCCUGGUUGCUGUUACAGGCCAGUUCAAGGAGCAUUGCUAUGCCAGUGGCAUGUAGUUGCAUCCACAUUUUUCCCUUUGUGGUAUUUCCCACUUCCUGUUCUAGUCUCUUCUGGUCCUUUCUGUUUGUGUUUGUAAUGUUUCUGUUCUAUGCCCAAAGAUUUUGGGCAGAAGGGGAAGGUUUCAUUAAUGUUCCAAAAGGAGGCAAGUUUCUGCUGCAUGUGAGGAGGGCAAGAAUUCAGUCUGUUUCCCCGGGAGAGGCAGCUGCUGGAAAAGGCCAUCAGUGCAGUCAGCAUAAAACUCAAGAGAUGUCCAACACAAACGGUUCCUGCCUGUGUCACUCAGCUGUUCAGAUGAAUAAAAGAGAAAUGGUUUGGAAAAAUGAAUUUUCCUUUCAUGGUUUUCUGCCAUUUGCUCAGUGUUACAUCUCACUCUGCCUGGGCAAGGAAACCAGAUUGGUCAGUUUUAGUUUCCAGCCAUUUUCACUUUCCGGGUCUCGCCAUGGGCAUAUCGUUACUGGGUUCAGUGGAGCUGUAUUGGGGUAAAAUUAACCCAUGGAUUUCAAGUCAUAACAGCUGAAACAUCCAGAGAUUAACAUCAUAGAUCAGACUUUAGGGCCCAGUCCAGCUCAUGUUGAAAUAAAUGGACAGGCUCUGAUUGACUUCAGUGGGAACAGGAGCAGAAAGGCUCAAUCCUUCAAGGUGCUGAAUACUCUGGCCAUGAUCCAGCAAAGCAAAGCACUUUAGCACAUGCAUUGGCGUCCGUGUGACUACUCACCGGUUUAACGUUUACAAGGGCGUAAGUGCUUCACUGGAUCAGGGUCAGAGUGCUGAGCACCUUGCAGGAUUGAGGCCUUAGUGACCGAGGAGAAAAUAUGAUUACCCUUAUCCUACCAAGUGAUAGGGUACCCACCCUGGAUGAGAGAGCACGUGUAUCUCAUCGUCAGAGAUUCAUGCAAACACUCCGAUCGGUACGAGGUUUUUGAGAUCCUCACCCUCCCAACACCCUUUAUUUAAAAAAAAAAAUCUGAAUGUUGUCUGUAACCCCAGAGGAUUGGCUGGGUAAGUUUCUCUUUGGGAAGGCAUGGGUACCAUUUCCCCAAGACCUUUCUAUGGCUGGAGAGUGCCGUAUUCCUGAUUAAGAGGCAUGUGAUGGCUCGUAUUUCUAUAGAGGAUCCUGGGUCUUUAACUAUCUGCUUGAAUUCAUGUAGUGACCCCUGCCUGGGCAGAAGGAGAUGGGUUGAUUAAAGGGUGUGAAAAUAUGACAGGAGCGUGGUGGGGAGGGGCAUGUCUGCUGAGGGUUAAUCCUGGGGGGAAGCAGCAGUGAAAUGGGGGGUGGAAAUGAGGGGGUGUCUCUCGGGUAAUGUAGCUGGAAUGCUAGAGAUCAAUAAAGGAAGGUGUGUUUGAAAGGAA